UGCGUUUCAUUGGUGAGAGACUACCCUUCGUCUCUGACUCUCGCGGUACUGCUGGACGAAGAUGGCGGCCGAACUGGUGGAAGCGAUGAACAUGGUCAAAAGUUUCCGGGUCUCAGACCUGCAGACGCUGCUGGCCUCAAUGGGCCGCAGCAAAAGUGGGCUGAAACAGGACCUGGUGGGGCGUGCGCUGAGGCUAGUGCAGACUGAAUACAGCCCCGAGCUUCUGAAGAACGUCAGGCAGCUCUACGAGUCACGCUUUCCCAAAACAUCUGGCUGGCUUGCAGCGCGGCGUCCAGAGGGCGUCCCAGUUGCCUACUCAUCCCUCAGCUCCUCCCCCACUGCCACCUCUCAGGGCGCAGACUACCUCAAUGGCAUUUCCAAACCGAUCCCCACACCUGCAGCAGAGGUCAAGCUGGUGCCACUGCCCUUCUACCAAACUUUGGAGACACUAUUGCCUCCAACAGAGCUAAUUGAUGUGAACAGUGAGAAACUGCAGGACAGUCAAUGCAUAUUUGAAUUAACACCUAACCAAGCAGACCAGAUCAGAAAUGCGAGUGAGCUUCGUCCAGGAAUCAGAUCAAUCCAAGUGGUUCUUAGAAUCUGUUACACAGACUCCAUUGGUGUCCAGGAGGACCAGUAUCCUCCCAACGUUGCUGUCAAAGUCAACCAGUCCUACUGUCAUGUGCCGGGCUAUUACCCUUCUAACAAGCCCGGUGUUGAGCCUCGUCGCCCUUGUCGUCCUGUAAACAUAACUCCCUGGUUGCAUCUCUCCAAUGUCACCAACAGAGUCACCGUCACCUGGGGAAACUUUGGCAAGCGGUACUCGGUGGCAGUGUAUUUAGUGAGGGUUUUCACUGCAGCGGACCUCUUCAGCCAACUCAAACUGUGCUCUGUUGAAAGUGCAGAACGCUGUCGUGAACGCAUUCAAGACAAACUACGUUUUGACCCAGAGAGUGAAAUUGCAACUACAGGCCUCCGGGUUUCUCUUAUCUGUCCAUUGGUGAAGAUGCGGCUCGGUGUGCCAUGUCGAGUGUUAACUUGUGCCCAUCUUCAGUGUUUCGACGCAGUCUUCUUCCUGCAGAUGAAUGAGAAGAAGCCCACAUGGACUUGCCCCGUCUGUGACAAGCCUGCUCCCUUUGAGCUGCUCACUAUUGAUGGGCUGCUAUCUGAGAUUCUGAAAGAGACAAGUGAGGACAUUGAGGAGAUUGAGUACUUGACUGACGGCUCCUGGCGACCCAUCCGAGAUGACAAGGAGAGGGACAGGGAAAGAGAACGCAGCAACACACCAGAGUAUCCUGUUGUUGAUAUAUGCAUUCCUGAGGCUAACGGUCAUUCACCGGCCCACAGCAGCACCAGCGUGGGGAUGGCAGGAGUCCCAGGAGGACCUGCUGUGCCACCGGGAGGAGGUGCAGUGGUAGAUCUGACACUUGACUCCUCCUCUGAGGAGGAAGGGGGCGGGGCAGGGGGAGACAGUGAGGACACUGAGGACAGCGCCGACAGUCCUGCCCCAAAGAGGGGCCGAUACAACUACGACAAGGACCUGGUCACUGCCUACUGACCCCACACCUCUGUCCCCUUACAGACUGGCACACACACACAGAGACAGAGAGGCAGGGGGCUAAAUGGACAGGAACACAGUAAUCCACUAGAUGCAGCAACCCUCCCUUAUGCCCAAACGUCAGCCUUUUAGCAGCUCUCGUUCUAUCCAGUCAAAACAAACAUACACUCAAACACUGUUAAUGAAUCUUCAAUCUGGAGUGAUUAGGAUUCCUCUUUGUACUGUACACCACUGGAAGCAACUCUAACUCUUUUUGGCCAACCGUCACCUUGCAGUGAACAUCUGUACCGUCCUGCCUCUACUUAAGAGACUGAAUGGAUUGUGCACCCGACCACCACCACCACCCCUCUUCCUCUCUCUCUCUCUCUCCAGACUAUUCCCUCUCUACCACCUCAUCUCUGUUUGUAUUUGACUUGGAAUUACAGGCUCUUUUAGCCAUGGGCGUUUCUGAUUUUGGUCACAUUUGUGAUGAAAAGGCAAGUUCAAAAUGGAGGCUCCUCGGUAGUUUUUGGUAAAAGGUCAAAAACAAGUAGUGGACAAGAGCAUUCCAAAUCUGGGGGAGGACAAGGCAGAGAUAUCUGGUGUGUGAUGCAAAAUUAAAUCUCUCCCAUUGUGUUUAUUUGUUUUGUUUAGAGAAUGAAUUCAAAGCUUGAAAGGGUUUUUUCAGGAAUUUAUCCUUUUUUAAUUAUGAAAGGGCAGAACACAAUACUGGCCUCAAUGUGUGAUGCUUUCCAUUUAUAUUUGUCCUUAGCUAAAGAGAACCUACCUCAGUCAUAAAAACUUAGCAGACUGACCAGAGAGUAGCUUAGAAAGAAGCAGAGGACAAGAAUUGAUUUGUCUUUCUGAAGUCAAUCUUACACUGGAGAUUUUGUUUUCCUGCAUUUUUCUGUUUAGUUUUUUAAUUCCAUUGUUCCAUGCAGCUCUGUUCCCUCUACAGCAACACAAUCUUUGUUAAAAGGUGAGAGAGUUUUUGGAUAACCAAGCUAACAAGGCAUCAGUGCAUGCAAAAUGCAGAAGGUUGUGGGUGGAACACUUCCCCUCUGUAAAACAUAACUGCGGUUAUAGCGCUGUAAGUAACCGGAUUUAUUAGGAGAUAUAUCAGCAUUGUGUAUUUCUGUGUGGCAGCUGUGCCAAAGCUGAUCUAUUUUAGGAGUUCACUGACAGGAAAUGGUUGUGAGAUUUUGGUGCCUUUUUCGUUGAGUGUUGAAGAUUGGAGCCCGUUGUUUAAGGCUAGCUGAGCUGGCCAGCCGAUGAGACUCCAAUCUGAAGGAAGGUGUUUAGUUUCAUUGAAGAUUUCCUUAGAUGUGUUUCCCGUGGAAGAAAUAGACAGAAGCAUAAUAAAAUUUGUGGUUACAAAAAAAAAAAAUGUAAAAAUACACUUAUGGAAUAGUAAUCGGAAGUGCCGUCAUUCUUUUUUACCACUUUUUUAUGUCCUCUGUCCUCCAUAUUUAUUGAAUUGCUUCACAUUUUGUUAAGUGUGUAAUUAAUCUACAUAAUAUUUGGCUGUAGUUCUGUACAGACAGAACUAUUAGGUUGCAGGAAGCAGGACACCUCUGCUGCUGUGGUUUGAGUUGAGUUAUAAUUGGUCCGAACUCAUGGCUGUUCUUUUGAUGAAUGCUUCUUUUCUUUUCCUCCAAAUGAAGCCGACCUGGGUCAAAGCACCAUUCAGAGUACUUUGCUACUGCGGGUUCAGCGUGUCUGACGGAACAAAACAUAAUGAAGUGCCAAUAAGUGCAACCCCACCACGCUUAGUCAUUGAUUGGAAUACAAACGGUCUUGUCUGGAACAAGUGGAGCUGCUUCAACCAACAAUCCCCUCGGCCUCCCAACAACAUAGAUAAGGUCACGCCUAUUUGUUGGAAUAGAAUUGGACUUUAAUUGCAACAUGCUGUAGGCUUACAACUAAUAUUCCUAGUAUUGUCAGUAUGUGAUGGCUGCUCUGCAGAGAAGGAGACUCGGGCUGCAUGUGCAGGCUUUAGGUUUUGUCUGCAGGAAGGUCAUCAGUGUUUGCUUGAAGAUGAGAAAAGAUGUUGCUGUGUUGCUAGAGCUGUUUGCACUUUCAUCUGAUACUGCAUCCCAAGUUUAAGGUUUAUUUAUUUUAAAGCCAUCCUGUAGUGAGUAUUAAUCAAGGAUCCCUGAUCAUUGUGAUCAGAUCUCCUCAACCAUUUCAUGUGUGUGAAUCAAGAAAAAUGUGAAACUAGAAAAGCGUCGGUCUGCUCCACUGUGAGACACAUUGGGUGUGGGUAUGUUUCCUUCUCUCAUCAUCCCUUUGUUAUGGUUUGAUCAGUACAGAAUCUGGUUUUCUUUCCCUUGCUCAUGAGCACAGAUAAAUGGCAUUUACACAUCAAUACGGAGCCUCACUGUUGCAAGUGCAUUAUUUGAUAAGGUCGAUGAUUUUAAAAAGUAGGUGGAGUUAAAUCUGGUCUUCCAUUUUUCUCUUUUAUUUGUUGACAUUUUGACAUGGUUUACAGAAUCAAUAUACUGUUGAAACAUGUUUGAUAAACCACACAAAAUUGAUUGAGGGCACUUUGCCUGUUAUACAUUAGAGACUGUCCCUGAAAAGGAUAUUCUUUAUAAGGCGCUUAAAGCAAAAUAAUGUACAGAACUCUAAUACCUGUCUUCAACUAGGCAAUUUGUAUUUGUAAGUAACUGCGCUAUACAUAUAACAAAAAUCACAUUGUUCAUUUGUUAAUAGGUAUAGAAUGUCAUAUUUGAACAGAUCUCCUAAACUUUUCUGAUCCUUAUGGUUAAAGAUGAGAGGUGGUGCCGGUUGCUUUUGUGGAACUGAGCCAGAUGUGUUUGCAGCUGGUUUGGGAGCUGGAGAGAGCUGUGGGUCUGGUCUUUUUGUAGUGGCAUCUUUCUUCUUAUAAUAAUGCAUACGGUAGCAUGGGCAGAGGCUUACAAUCCAUGAUGUAAAUGUUUUGUUUGUUGUGUUUUUUUUAUAUGUUCAUAUUAAAAGACAAUAAAAUUUAAAUAAUAUUUUAUUAAGCCUUGAAUCGCCUCCAGUUGUUACUAGGCAAACAGACACUAAGACGCUGUUGAGGGUAGCAGCACCUGACGCUGUUGCCACAAAGGACUGGUUAAGGUUGAGAUUGUUCUGUCCUGUACCAAAUGCUCAGAUCUGGGGACACAUUUUAUGUCUGAGGAUAAAACUGUAAAAUUUCAAAUGAUCGUAUUCUAACAGCUGUUAUUGACGUGUGGAAUUAAUUAAAAUCAGUUCUUAAAAAC